GUUAUGUUUCACCAAAGCUCUGUGUUGCAGAUUCAUUCCCCCUAAUUUAACAGCCGUCGCCUGAAUUCCGAACCCAAUCAUUAUCAACGCGGCGCAUCUUUCCGGCGGAACAAGCGGCAGAGAAAUAUGGCCAAAAGAGCUGGAGCGGAGCUAUUUGUUAGUAGACUGUCAAAUUACAUCACCACCCAGCGACUGGAGAACUUGUUCGCACCCUUCGGCGUCAUCCAACAAGCGAGACUAGUUGUUGAUCCAAGAACUAAGAAGCCGAAAGGGUUCGGCUUUGUUAGGUUUCAGUCGGAGUCCGACGCUCAAAAAGCUAUGAAGGCAUUGGAUGGCAGGAUUGUGGAUGGGAGGUUGAUCUUCGUGGAAGUGGCAGAAACUACCAGACCUGGAGAAGAUCAAUCAUAAGUUCAUAACAAGAACCAUGCAUCGUCGUUAGAGACCUUUCUCGUGUUGUUGCAGUAGUGAUCUACACUCAAUCCCGCAGUUUGUUUCAUUUCUUCUUCAUCCUUGUACACAUAGACAUGAAACUGGAAAAAGUUGCGAGUUAUAGGAUGAGGAUCACUGGGUUGAAUAAUCCUACCUAUGGAACACCUGUAAUGUAACAUAUUGAGAUGAUAUCCAGAGGAUGGCGUUAUUGGUUAUGCUGAAUAUCAACUUAUCUAUACCCACCUGCACGUUCUCAUUCGCACCAAUACGCCCACUCAAUCUUUUGGUAAGCAACUCCAGAGAGCACAAACAAGAAAUCUCAGUUUCUCCAACAAAACAACCAGAAGCUAGAAACCUGUGUUCCCUCGAAUGGGUCACCCUAUGUUAAGCAGAACACAGCUUCUUAGCAGACUUAUGAAGAACUUAUUCUCAGUGUUUGAUCUUCUCUGGUUUUCCUCCAGAAAACCAACUGGAAUUUUCUAUACCCGAAAAAGUGAUUAUCUAGCAUGUAAUGUUCAAGGUGCAGCAGAGACUAGUAUGACAGAGCUAUAGAUCGUCUGCAUCUUCGGUUCCAGUGAAUAUUGGUAUCCAUGUCCAUGCUUCUAUAUUUAUGCACAACCAUCAAAGUAAAGAAACUACCACAAUGAUUUCUGCUCCUUCCACGGUAAUCAACAUCAACAUCUUGC